AUGAGUGACAGUUCGUAUGGCGUGUAUAACGAAUUGAAAAAGAAUUCUGAUGCAAAACUAUAUUUAUUCAGAGACCAAUUUUCAGCGAAAAAUACAUUAUCAUCGCCAAUUAUACAGAGUACCUUAUCAUUGUGUUUAGAACUGAUCAAACAAAAAGCUUUAGGUGCUGCUACUACGUUGAAGAAUGCUGGUUUCGGAUUUACAGACAGCUCAAACACUGGCAUACGUUGUGAUGACUGUGGCCUGGAAUUACCGGACUGUAAAACAAACACAGAUCUACUUACUUUUCAUAAAACCGCAAGACCAGACUGUUUAUUCGUUCGUAAUAAACAAUCAACCAAAAUAUCAACAUCACCUUCCUCUUUCUUACCAAUCGCUGUUGUUAGAAAUACUUCGAUAGAAAAUGAUCUGGAAAGUCCAUUAAAACGACAGAAGAUCGAAGCUAGCAAGGAGAACAUUAAUUUUAGUCGCCUAUUCGAACCCACUAUAGUUCAACAAAUACGUAGACGAACCUUUUCACAUUGGCCUCAUCGUGCUAGUCCAUCUCAAGCACAAAUGAUUGAAGCAGGAUUUUUUAAUUGUAACGUUGGCGAUCGGGUAAUAUGCAUCUAUUGUAAUCUGAUUUGUCAACAAUGGUCGCCGAAUAACGACGAUCCAUGUGAAGUUCAUAAAACUCUUCGUCCAAACUGUAUAUAUGUUAAAGCCAAAUUAAUCCGCCAUGAGCCAGGAUCAAUAUUAAUUGUCAAUGAUAGUGUAACGGGAGCUUCUCCAAACAAUCAAUCCAUUCCAUCGAACAGCGUAGAUCAAUUUCGAUGUAACGAAUUUGUUCAUACGGCUGCUUGUCAUACUGCAUAUACAGAAUUAUAUAAACGAACAGCGUCUUUUGCUACAUGGCCUACAGAUAAUUUACCGUCCGUUGAUGAUCUUGUGCGAGCUGGAUUCUUUUUUAGUGGUACUAAAACUAUUGUAACAUGUUUUUAUUGUAAUGGAUCAUUACAAAAUUGGGGAGCAAAUGAUAAUCCAACGAUAGAGCAUGCUCGAUGGUUUCCACAGUGUGCAUAUGCUAAACAGUUAUGUGGUGAUGACCUUUAUAGAAAAAUUCAAGAAUCUAAACGAGCCCAACAAGAACGUGCUAGAGUUAAUCAAUCAAGAGAAGCAGUAGGUUCAAGUGCCUCGACCAAUAGUACUACAGCAUCAAAUAGUAGACAAUUAUUAAUACCUGAUGAGAGUACAUUAUCACGUCUUGUUGCUGCUCGAUUGGAUUUACCAAUUUCGCAAAGUUUAUUAAAAGAAUUCAAACUAUCAAUUAUAAAACGUUGUUGGGAAGAUCAACUUCGACUUAAACGCGAUGAUUUUGUAACUGAUUCUGAUUUACGUAUGGCUUGUAAAAUUCUUCAGAAACAAAUCGAACACAUUGACGGUAAAAAAGAAAAUAUUGUUAUACCAAGUGUACAAAUGAAAAAAAUUCAAGAAGAUGCUGAAAAACAAAGAGCUGAAGCUCUUGCCCGCGAACAAAUUACUAUGAUACCAACUGUACCUCUUACUACUCCAUUGACAUCUAAUAAUUCACCUCAAACCGUAGAUGUUGAAAUGACAACAUCAUCACAGUCAGCAACAAAUGACUUAAUAACACAGGAAAUAACGAUUAGAGAUCAGAAAGAAGCAGAUAUAAUAAAACCCACUAUUUCUGAUACAAACCAGCAAAAUCAAACAAAAGAGUCACCAAUAGCCAAUCCAUGUGUCUUAUGUUUGUCAGAAGAAAAACGACUUGCUUGCAUACCAUGUGGGCACUUAGCUACAUGCGUUCCAUGCGGGCAUUCAUUGCGAUCUUGUCCUAUUUGUCGUCGGGAAAUUGAAGCAUUCGUUCGAAUUUAUAUUUAA